AUGGACAUAGGUGACAUCGUUCAUAAUACCACCAAGGUGAAAGAACGUGUCACAACACAGACGGACCAUCUCAGGGGAUGGUUUUUGAUUAAUCCUCAAGAUCUUCCUGAAAUUAUUCUAAUAUUGUCUUUAAUCUGUACAAUUGGAGCAUUUUUGAACAUGUAUUUGAAAGACUUUCCAAUUCCUCUUCCUGUAAUAUUGUUUUUAUUUGGAUGCAGUUUUGAAAUAUUAAGUUUUACAUCAUACCAGAUCCAAGCUUAUGCAGAUGCCAUUCAAUGGAUGAGUCCAAAAUUGUUUUUUGGUAUAUUUACACCAAUAAUUAUCUUUAAUGUUGCAUUUGACAUGGACAUAUACAUGCUCCACAAGUUAAUCUGGCAGAUAAUUUUGAUUACGAUUCCUGGCUUUCUUUUAAAUUAUACCUUAAUUCUUUGGUACCUGUCAUCUGUGAAUAAAUUACCUUUGAAGAUCAUCCCUUCAUUACUAUUUUCAGUUAUCCUGUGCAGCUCAGACCCCAUGCUGACUGCAGCUGCUAUAAGAGACCUUGGUCUUUCCAGAUCGCUUGCCAAUUUAAUUAAUGGGGAAAGUCUGAUGACUUCUAUUAUAUCUUUAAUGUUAUUUUCUAUUAUUUUGGACAUAAAUACAAACAUGCAGGAGACAGUGAACUAUUCCUUAGCCAGUGAGAUUAUGGGUGCAAUUCAAUUACAUUUUUUAGCAAGUUUCGUGACUGGAAUGAUAAGUUCAAAAAUGAUCCAACUGUGGAUGGCAACUAUUUUUGGUGAUGACGUCAAUCAUAUAAGUCUCAGCUUUUCAAUUUUGUACCUCGUCUUUUAUAUUUGUGAGUUAAUUGGAAUGUCUGGAAUAUUUACCCUGGCCAUUAUGGGACUUUUUUUAAAUUCUACCAGUUUCAGACCAGGAGUUGAAGCACUUCUCCUCAAGCUUCUGGUCAUUCUACUAAUGAGCCCUCUUUUGUCUCGACUUGGUCAUGGGUUCAGCUGGCGCUGGGCAUUCAUAAUGGUCUUGAGUGAAAUGCGAGGGACGCCGAAUAUAAACAUGGCCCUUCUACUUGCCUAUGACUCUUACACUGGAACGGAGAGGGAAAAAUCUCAAAUGUUAUUUCAUGGAGUGUCAGUAUGUUUCAUUACCUUGAUUUUCAAUAAAUUUAUUUUGCCACUGGCAGUUACUAAACUAGGUCUUCGUGAUAUCACAUCAACAAAAUAUAAAUCACUCUAUUAUACAUAUAAACAUUUUCAAGAGCUAACUAAAUCUGUGGCUUCUACACUCAAAUUUGACAAAGACCUUGCUAAUGCUGACUGGACCAUUGUUGAGAAAGCAAUUAUAUUUCCAAACCCAUACGCGGCAAGCCAAGAAGAAACAACAGGCCAUCAACUGGUGAAGUGUCCAAGCUGCAACAAGGAAAUAGAUGAGACCCUUAACAUUGAAGCGAUGGAGCUGGCCAACAGGCGUCUUUUGUCAGCACAAAUAGCAAGCUACCAGAGGCAAUACAGGCAUGAGACUCUGACCCAGAGUGCAGCCCAGUUGUUGGUAGGUGCAGCAGGAAGCUUUGGUGAGAAGAAGGGAGAAUAUAUGAGUCCUGAGACAGUAAAGAAUUACUCUGAAAGCAAAAAAUCACUUUACGUUAUGAGAAAACUACUCCUCAAUUGGGUAUACAAUAUUAGAAAGGAAAAGGGGGUCCCGCCAAGAUAUAGUUUGCUUCGUCUGUUCCAUCAAAUAGUAUUUACUGAAGAAUUUGAAUAUGUCGGAUACCUCGUGAUACUCAUGAACCUGUUUCCUAUCAUAAUUACUUGGAUACCCAUUUUAAAUCAAAUUUAUGAGAAAGAAUUAAGCCAAGUUAACUACUUUUUUCUUGGAUUUUAUGUCCUGGAGGCCCUACUUAAGAUGGCAGCCAUGAGGAAGGAAUAUUUUUUACAUACCUGGAACCUAUUCGAGUUAGCAAUUACAUUUGUUGGUAUCAUAGGUGAAGCAUUUAUUCAUUUAGAGGACAAUAAAUAUCAAUUUACUAUCAUUAAAACAAUGGUCUUCAUAAAAAUUAUUCGACUGCUUCGUUUACUACGCAUUUUGAAGCUUGUAACACCAAAGUUGCUGCAGCUGAUAGACAAAAGAAUGAGACAACAGCUGUCCUUUAGGUAUGCUAUACUAAAAGGAUACGUCCAAGGUGAAGCCGACAUAAUGACUAUAAUUGAUCACAUUUCAAGUUCUAAGCAGGUUAAGCAGAUGUUGCUAAAGCGGGUAACAAGAAAUACGGGACGUGCCAUGAAAGAGCUAGGCUACUUAGAGUAUGAUCAUCCACAAACUGCCAUCACUAUGAAAACAAAGGAACAGAUUAACGUCAUGCUCAAUAUUGCUAGAGAAAUCGUGAAGGUUUUCAGGUUAAAAGGAAUUAUUCAUAAAAUUGAAGGUUCUGAAAUUAAUCAGUUAAUCAUGGCCAAAAAAAGAGAGAUGCUUGAUUUCCAACCAACGAUCAGGUCUCUUACUAUUGAAGAAGCACUGUAUCAUAUUCCAUGGCUAGAUAAAGACCAAGAUCAUAUAGCCUUCAUUCAGGAAGGAGCCACAGUUGUAACAUUUGAUUGUGGAAAUGAUAUAUUUGAAGAAGGUGAUGAGCCCAGAGGAAUCUAUGUAAUUAUUUCAGGCAUGGUAAAGCUUCAAAGAUCAAAGCCAGGUUUGGGUAAUGGCCAAAUACCCUGGGAGUCAGAGGAGAAAGACUUUCAGAUAACUCACACGGACUAUGUGAUCAGUGGGGAAAUAAUAGGAGAGUUAAACUGCUUAACGAAUGAACCCAUGAAAUAUUCUGCUACCUGUAAAACUGUAGUGGAGACUUGUUUUAUUUCCAGAAAACAUUUGUUUGAUGCUUUUAAACAAUGCUGUCCUCUCAUAGAAUAUAAAAUGUGGCUAAAAAUUGGACUUUCUAUUACUGCCAAAAAGGUCAGGGAAAAUUUAUCUUAUGAGGAUUGGAACUACAAAAUGCAAUUACGACUCUGUAACAUGUAUGUAAAAGAUAUACCAAUGAACACCAAGACUGACAUUUACGAUGAAGCUGUAAUCUAUGUUAUCCUCAUACAUGGAUCUGUAGAAGAUUGUCAGUUACGGAAAGCUUAUAAGGCACCUUCUUUAAUUCCUAUUACAUGUCAUCAGAUACAAGGCACUGAAAAUUUCACAAAAAUAAUGAUUCUUCAAACUUCAAUUGAUGUCAAAAAAUUCAGAUGGAAUACUAAAAAGUAUGUACCUUCAUGUAAACAUUCUCUUGCAUCACAAUCAUUAGGUCCUGAGCCAGCUUCAGUGAUAGCCAACUUUCCCUGUGCUGGAAGUAGGACUGUCACUUGCCCUGAGCCACCCUUCCAGCCAUGGAGAAGGAACGUAUUAACAAACAGGAGGAAAAAGUAA